AGACACAUAAUUCGCUCUCAACGAGCCUUCCACGAUUGAAUUCUAUGAUGGAUAUGGGAAGUGAUGUUGAAGUUUGAGCGAGUGGAGGCCUUCUAGCGAUAUUGGAGAAUGAACGGAUUGUUGAUGCCCUUGAACAUAAGGAGUGUGGGAAUGCAUCCAUCUCUGUUGACUCCGUGAUGGAGAUUUCACUAAACAAUUUUCUCAACCUUGAUGGAGCAGCUCAUGAAGCACUGGGGAUAUUUCAGAUAGAUAAACAUCCCAGUCACAUGGGUAUUGGAAGAGCGAAAGAAGGGUUCUCUGUUUUGGCAUGAUGAAUAAGUGUUUGACAACAUUGGGCCGACAUCUCCUGAGAAGCUGGUUCCUGAGGCCUAUACUGGAUCUGGAAAGUUUGAAUGGUCGUCUUGAUACUAUAUCAUUUUUCCUUCGUUCUGAAGAGCUCCUGAAUUCUCUACGUGAAACUUUAAAGUGUGUUAAGGACUUUCCCCAUAUCCUUAAGUUACAGUAAAUUCUUUCCUAUCUCAACCAAUUUUUUCUUUUGUUAACUUAUAGGGCAUUGGAAUUUUGCCUACAUUCUAUGGUGACCCUGCUAAAUAUACCUUCCAGUGUUCUUACGGAAAUCAAUGAAAUAUACAUUACAAAAUAUGACAAUCUCUGUUUAGAAGAGUUUCUCUAAAACUGUGAUUUCCCGUUAGGUAGGAUUUUCAGGUUUCUUUCAGCAUUGCGCAGUAAUUUUGCUAACAAAGCAUUCCUGCGACCUGAGAUAAUUGGAGCACUUUCAUUUUUGUCCCCUCAUAUGAAGAAAUUCAACUCUCCAAGCUCCACAUGCGCCGGCACUGGUUGGUCAGCUUUUCUGAAGAACGUUUCUUCACUCUUGCAUGUGAACAAGAUAUUUGAAGUAGGCACUACUGACGAUCUUUGGGAGUACGCAAAGUUUUUGAAUUUGGACAUCAUUGACAAGGCUAGUUCAGUCCUUGGCACAGAGCUGGCUUAUGUCUAUGAAUUGGUGAUUGGUGUUAUUGAUGAAAGAAGAACUAAAGAGAAAGGUUAUGAGACAAUGGUAAAGGAAAGCUUCUGUGAUGAGUUAGAUGAGCUGAGGCAAAUAUAUGAGGAAUUGCCAGAGUUUUUGGAACUGGUUUCUUUUCAUGUUUCUUCAUUGGAACUUUCCCAUCUUCCAGACCUGUGGAAGGAGAAGCCUGCUCCUUGUGUUGUAUACAUCCAACAAAUAGGUAAUCUUAUUCAUUAUUUUGCCUUCUUUUAUAUGGAUCAUAUAAAAAUGCAGUUCUCUGACACAGAUGGAGAUACAGAAAGGUUCUUCUAUCACACUGCCAAGACACGAGAAUUAGAUGCCCUUCUUGGAGACAUUAAUCACAAAAUUUUGGAUAUGGAACGGGCAAUUAUCAGAGACUUGGUAUCACAUAUACUCGUAUUCUCAGCACAUCUGCUUGAGGCUGUGAAUUUUGCUGCUGAACUUGAUUGCUACUUGUCACUGGCAUUGGUUGCUCGUCAGAACAAUUACGUGAGACCCACAUUGACUGAUGAAAAUCUGCUUGAUAUUCAAAAAGGGAGGGAUGGACUGUCAAUAUGCCACGUCUUGCAGGAAAUGACAGUUGACACUUUCAUUCCAAAUGAUACAACUAUUGUUAGAGAUGAACGUAUAAAUAUAAUCACCGGUCCCAAUUACUCAGGCAAAAGUAUCUUCAUAAGCAGGUCAGUUGCUCUCAUUGUCUUCCUUGCACAUAUUGGAAGUUUUGUACCGGCAGAUGCUGCAACUGUGGGUUUGACUGAUAGGAUAUUUUGUGCAACAGGAAGCAAACUCAUGAUUGCAGAGCAAUCAACCUUCAUGAUGGAUCUUCAUCAAGUAGGCAUGAUGCUAAGGCAUGCGACUUCAAGAUCAUUAUGUCUGCUAGAUGAAUUCGGGAAAGGCCCUCUAAAUGAAGAUGGAGUUGGCCUGCUUGGUGGGGCAAUAAGUUACUUUGUCAUGCGCGAUCAAGCCCCAAAAGUUUUGGUAUGCACUCAUCUGACUGAAUUACUUGAUGAGAGCUAUUUGCUGAAGUCGGAGAAGAUCAAGUUCUACACCAUGAGUGUGCUAAGGCCUGAAGAUGCUUCAGCAGAUAUUGAGGACAUUGUAUUUCUUUACCGGCUAGUUCCUGGUUACACGCUUUUGAGCUAUGGUCUCCAUUGUGCACUCGCUGGUGUUCUGAAGGAAGUGAUUGACAGAGCUGCAUCGAUUCUCGGUAGCCCUGGGAACAAUCAGACCAUUGAUAGAAUGCACAAUGAGAGAAUAUUGGCUCAAGAUCAGCAAUGCAAGAAUGCGUUGGAGAAGAUGCUGGCAUUCAAUACAAUUUGUGGUGUGUCCUCAGAAGCUUCUUUGAGGAAAUAUUACCAUCAUAAUAUCUGAGGCAUGAAGUCAUUCUUUUCUUUGGCAACAGUAUACGCUCAAAAUUCGUAUGUGUAUGUAGGGGACUAGUAGCAGCCGCUUCCAGUGGUUGUUAGAUAUUUUCUUUUAUUCUUCCUCUUAAGAAGAAAAUAAGGAAGAAAACUCUUAGAUUGAUUUAUUCCUCUCUCAAGCCACAAAUUGUUAAUUUACUCUGGAAACUUUAGCAACUUGGCCAUCUGUUUCUUGAUGUGGUUGAUGGCCAGCUUGACUUUGAAUAAUUCCAGUCGCCUCUCCCAUUACAUCUGAACAGCCAUUGCUUCA